AUGCGACCCAAUGGUUUCGCCUACGUCAACUCAAUGCGUGGAGAACAUUGGACGAACCUUCUCCAGAAGUUUACUUGUCAUAACGAGCUUACGCGCGCCGGCUCGACCCUGAAUGGGGUGCAUGUUGUCAUACGUGUAGUGGUAAUGGGGGACGAAGGGAAGCGCCACCUCGAGAUCCUGCGCAAACUCGCUCAGGGCCCACGGAGCAUGUUCGCCGAGAAUCACGUUGUCCCCUUGUGGCAAGAAGUCGAAUUCGAGGACAUCACUUUUACCGUCUCACCGUUCGUGGCCUAUGAUAUGUGUGAGUGCUACGGAUUCUGGGCGAAAAACUCUGUCGGCGACAUAGUCGAUAUGAUUUUGCAAGCGUUGGAGGCAAUCGCCUUUGUUCAUGACCUCGGGAUAGCGCACAGAGACCUGUGCAAAGCGAACUACCUCAUCCAAUGGCAUCCCGAGUCUCUAGUGGCAAUGCGGGUGCCUCUGUCUCGCCCACGUGCACUCCUGACCGAUUUUGAGACGGCCCACGAAUUCCCUUCGGACCUUCCGCCUCAACAGCGCGUGCUGAGUGGGCUGCCAUUAGUCGGCUAUCAACGCCCAGUUCCUCCGGAGAUGACUUGUGGGAAGCCGUACGACCCGUUCAAAGCAGAUAUAUGGCAGUUGGCGGAGAGCUUUUCUGAUUUCCGGGCAACGAUUCCUGAGAUCGAUACCAUCCUUGAACAGAUGCUCGAAUUGGACGUCUCUCUGAGAUUGUCUGCAGUAGAUGCUCGUGACAAACUAGCUGCAAUCGUUCAUAGUAUCCCCCCGAGCGCUCUUUUGAUCCCCCCGCUGCUGUUGAAGCCUCCGAUCCUUGAAACCUGA